CACUAUUCUGCUCAGUGAGCUUCGCUUCUCGUGUUUCUACAAACCGUCAAGAAUUUUUUCCGUGCAAUGGCGCUUUCUUCGGAUGUAAAAGAACGACUUGGUGUCGUGUUUGAAGUGGUUAAAACGUCCUUCCAUUGGGGUUUUAUCCCAACGCUGUUAUAUCUAGGAUUCAGAAAAGGAUCCGAACCAGGAAUGCCGCCACUGUCGAUAGCAAACUUAUUGUGGUAGAAUGCCUGGGCACGCAAUAUAAAUAGGACCGAUUGUAGUUACUUGAAAAUAAAUUAAGUUAACCCUGUUCGGAGGAUAAAAUGCGUUUUGGAUUGACAGGUUAUAUAUAUGCUAUUGACAGAACA